ACGACGUCGUUUAAUAUUGAGCUCUCCUCUUUCACAGUCGAAGUCAAAACCCUAAAUCCUCCCUACUGCUCAAACACCAUUUCGGACGAGUGUGAAUCAGAACCUCACCAUGAUUCGAAUCACAAGACCAAAACCGAUCAUCGAAUCACUGACCUACAACCUCAUCCAGAGAUGCUCCGCCGGGGGAACCCCCAAAGGAAAAGCCAAGCUGAAAACAGGCCAGCCACUGAAGCGUAACAAGCUCUCCACCAAGAACCCCGCCGCAUCCGGAGAGGGAGAGGAAGCCGUCAAAGGCAAAGGACGAAUCUCCGACGAAAAGCAAAAGCUCUACGAGCAAUGCCUAAACGCUCCCUGUCCCGUUCGCUCCCUAACCCCCAAAGAGGCCGAGCGCGAGGCCCAGCGCGAGAAGCUAGGCCUGAUCAGCAAGGACAAGCAGCGCGACAUGGAGAUUCAGAAGAAAGGAGGAGCCGCCGCGAUGGGGAUCAACACCGACGAGCCGAUGCGCAUCGGGACCGCGGGAUUGGAUUACGUCUCGCUCGGGAUCUUUAGCGCCGACGAGCUGGUGAAGUACAAGGUGACGGCGGAGGACGGGGAGAGGCUCGCGAAGGAGAACAGUAAGGUGCUGAUGAGGGAGCAUAGAGAGAGGCGUGCGGCGGAGACUGUGCUGCUGAAUAUGAAGAAGGCGGCGAUCGAGGCGUUGCCGGAGAAGCUGAAGAUGGCGGCGUUGGAGCCUGAUUUGACGCCGUUUCCGGCGAAUCGAGGUAUGGCUACGCUUACGCCGCCGAUUGAAGGGUAUCUUGAGAAGGUUAUGGACGCGGCUAAGAAGAGCUCGAGUAAAGAGAAGUUGAGAUGAUUCGUUUUUAAAGUUGAUUCUAUAUUCAGAACGGAACAGAACCGAGACUGAGACAUUUGAGAAGUGCUAUUGACAGAAACUUAAGAAACUGUUUCUAGAGUUCCCAAGCUUUAAAGAUAGAGUAAUCGUUGAUGCAGCUUAUUUUUUACUUUUCGCAAACGCUGACUUUCAUAAGGCUGUCUGGCUCUCGAUAAAGAUUUUCUUAAAGCUGUGUUCGGACCGUAAUAAAUGUUCAAGUCUUUGUAUCUCUGGUUUAAUAUUUUUUUCUCGAUUGA